AUGGAGGUUGGAGGAAAUUCCGCCUGGAACGAUUUCCUUGACCGAUAUGCCGAUGCGACGGAGACGGCGACAAUAGCGAAGAAAUACGCGUCGCCUGCUGCGCAGUACUACCGAGAAAAGCUCGAUGUGCUUGUGGCUGGUCGAGCGUGGACCCCUCCUCCUGGACUGACGCCCAAGCAAAAGACGGUGGCGCGCUCUACCCUUCCAGCUGCGUCCCGAACCUCGUCCGCCGCUUCGAGAACCAGCAGAAGAUGUACCGCCCCUCCCGCACGAGCUGUCGCCUCGCAAAGUUGGGAUGACUGGGGUUCAGUGUAUAAUAAGCUGUUUGAGUAUCAAAGAACAGGUGUUAAGUGGUUGUGGGAGUUGCAUUGUCAGGAGGUAGGGGGGAUAUUAGGGGACGAGAUGGGUCUGGGAAAGACUGUGCAGGUGGCUGCGUUCCUAGCCUCGCUGCUACAUUCGGGGCUGUACCGCCCGAGCCUGCUGGUCUGCCCCGUCACGCUGCUUCGGCAGUGGCAGAGGGAGGUUCGGGUGUGGUGUCCCGAGCUUAAUCCGGUGAUUUUGCAUGACUCUGGGGGAAAGGGGGGGGCGGAUGGGGAGGAGGCGGAGGAGGAGGGGGAGGGGGGAGAGGAAGAGGGGGAAGGGGGAGACUCGCCCCUAACAGCCCUCGCUAUGGUCCCCAUACCAGCAGCGUCAGGUUCGGCCCGAGGCAACAGCCUCGUCAUCACCACAUACGAGCAGGUUCGGUUGCGGCGAGAGCUAUUCCUGGCCGUUGAUUGGGGGUAUGCGAUUCUCGACGAGGGCCAUCGGAUCAGGAACCCAGAUGCAGACACCACGAUUGCAUGCAAGCAGCUGCGCACGCCGCACCGCCUGCUGCUCAGCGGGUCUCCGAUUCAAAACCGGCUCGAUGAGCUGUGGUCACUCAUGGACUUUGUCUACCCAGGAAGGCUGGGCACGCUACCAGUGUUUUCAACGGAGUUUGCUCUUCCCAUCGCCAUUGGCGGGUACCUCAAUGCCACUCCGCUGCAGGUUGCCACGGCAUACAAGUGUGCCGUUGUGCUUCGAGAUGUGAUCUUACCAUACCUCCUCCAGAGAGUUAAAGCCGACGUUGACAUUCAGCUGCCAGAAAAGACAGAGCGCGUGCUGCUGGUGCCGCUCACUAGAUUCCAACGCACGCUGUACCGCGCGUUUCUACAAAGCGAGGAGAUGCGGCAGAUUCUGGACCGCUCCAAGCUGCAAGUGCUGGAUAAGAUACUACAAGUGUGGAGAGCUGAAGGCCACAGGGCUCUAGUCUUCUGCCAGACGCAGCAGAUGCUGGAUAUCGUCGAAUCCCUCGUGCUCAACCAUAACUUGGGAUACAGACGAAUGGACGGCAGCACGCCGCCCGGGCUGCGGGCGGCGCUGAUCGACGAGUUCAACAGCGGGGAGGGCGGCGUGUUUGUCUUUUUGCUGACCACUAGGGUCGGCGGACUGGGAACGAACCUGACGGGGGCCAAUCGGGUCGUGAUAUUUGAUCCUGACUGGAACCCAUCGACGGACCUGCAGGCUCGGGAGAGGGCAUGGCGCAUAGGGCAGAAGAGGGAGGUGAUUAUCUACAGGCUUGUAACGAGGGGGACUAUAGAGGAGAAGGUGUUUCACCGCCAGCUGUCGAAGCAGCUGCUCUCCAACCGGGCUGCGUUGGACCGGGAUACGAUCGAACGGCUGGCGUCGGCGGAUCGGAUUCGGAUGGAUUGUGAAGCAUCGGCGGUGGCGGCACGGGCAGAAGCAGCUCUCCGCCAAUCGCAGCGCGACCGAGCCUCCAGCGACGUUUCCGAACCUACCUGGACCGGCAGGUCUGGCCAGGCUGGUGUUCCAGCUCGUGGGGGCCGGAGGAGGUUCGGUUCGGCGAGCACCAAUGCUAGCAGCAGGUUCGGGAGUGGACGAGGGGGUGGGGGAGGGCAAGUGGAGGAGGAGGAGGAGGAGGAGGAGGAGGAGGAGGAGGAGGAGGAGGAGGAGGAGGAGGAGGAGGAGGAGGAGGAGGAGGAGGAGGAGGAGGAGGAGGAGGAGGAGGAGGAGGGGAUGGGAGAGGCAUUGGCCUGGGCGCCCGGUCAAGUGGCCUUGGUAUAG